CAGAGAAGCGGAGACAAACAAACAGGGGGAGGCAAAAGAAGUCUCUGCAAAAAAAAGAGCUUUGACUCUCUUCAAUGGCGGAUUCCCAUACCCAUUUACAUGAAAUCUUCCUUCAAAAUAGUGUGUCUGCUCCCCAACAACCUAAUCUGCAUUUAUAACACCAGAGUUCUUCAUUCUCAAGCCUUUUUUAUCUCAAACGCAUCUGGGCUUUACUCAGAUUUCCCUUUUAGACAACCAAAUAUCAGAUAUAAUUAAGCUUGCAAGAUUGGAUCUGUUGGAUCAUAAUGGGGAAUUGCUGUGUCACGCCAGUUGAUUCUUCUGAAAAGAAGGCUAAAAAGAAGAAUAAACCCAACCCAUUUUCUAUUGACUAUGGUGCAAAUCAUGGAUCUGGAGGUGCCAACAAGCUAGUUGUGUUAAAACAUCCUACUGGUCACGACAUUUAUGAGAGAUACGAUCUAGGGGGGGAGCUGGGGAGAGGUGAAUUUGGGGUGACAUAUUUGUGUACUGAUGUGGACACUGCUGAUAAAUAUGCCUGCAAAUCAAUUUCGAAGAAGAAGCUAAGGACUGCAGUGGACAUUGAGGAUGUGAGGAGGGAGGUUGAAAUUAUGAAGCAUUUGCCUGAGCAUCCCAACAUUGUGACUCUAAAGGAUACGUAUGAGGAUGAUGAUGCAGUUCACAUUGUGAUGGAAUUGUGUGAGGGUGGUGAAUUGUUUGACCGCAUAGUUGCAAGAGGGCAUUAUAGUGAAAGGGCUGCUGCAGUGGUCAUGAAGACUAUUGUGGAAGUAGUUCAGUGGUACUUCUUGAAGAUCUUGAUAUUCUUGUCCCACAUAUUGCUCAAACCUGCCUUCAUGAUCUGGAAUGAUUCUGUCCUGCCCCAUUCCUUUGGAGUGCUACCACCUGAUUCCGUCUGUCACAGGCAUGGAGUAAUGCAUCGGGAUCUCAAACCAGAGAAUUUUCUUUUUGCAAACAAGAAGGAAACAUCACCCUUAAAAGCAAUUGACUUUGGAUUGUCUGUUUUCUUCAAACCUGGUGAGCACUUUAAUGAGAUUGUCGGAAGUCCAUAUUACAUGGCUCCUGAGGUUUUGAAACGAAAUUAUGGUCCAGAGGUUGAUGUCUGGAGUGCUGGAGUUAUCCUGUAUAUUUUGCUAUGUGGUGUUCCACCCUUCUGGGCAGAAACGGAACAGGGAGUAGCUCAAGCAAUCAUACGCUCUGUCAUUGAUUUUAAGAGAGAUCCGUGGCCUAAGGUUUCUGAUACUGCAAAGGAUCUUGUAAAGAAGAUGCUUGAUCCAGAUCCUAGCAGGCGGCUUACAGCUUCCCAAGUGCUUGAGCAUCCGUGGUUACAAAAUGCAAAGAAGGCACCAAAUGUUCCUUUGGGAGAGACUGUAAAAGCAAGGCUCAAACAAUUUUCUGUGAUGAACAAACUAAAGAAAAGAGCACUAAAGGUGGUGGCUGAGCAUUUAUCUGUUGAGGAAGUAGCGGGAAUUAGGGAAACUUUUGAAAUGAUGGAUAUUGGUAAGAGAGGAAAGAUAAACAUGGAUGAACUUAGAAACGGUUUGAAGAAACUUGGCCACCAAAUUCCUGAUGCAGAUCUUCAAAUUCUCGUGGAAUCUGCUGAUGUCGAUAGGGAUGGAACAUUGAAUUAUGGGGAGUUCGUUGCUGUUUCUGUUCAUAUCAGAAAAAUGGCGAAUGAUGAACACCUGCACAAAGCUUUUGCAUUCUUUGACAGAAAUCAGAGUGGUUAUAUAGAAAUUGAUGAGCUACGGGAUGCCUUGAGUGAUGAAGGUGACACCAAUACUGAAGAUGUAAUUGCCGCCAUCAUGCAUGAUGUUGACAUAGAUAAGGAUGGAUGCAUAAGUUAUGAGGAAUUUGCUGCGAUGAUGAAGGCUGGUACUGACUGGAGAAAGGCUUCUAGGCAAUAUUCUCGAGAGCGUUUUAACAGCCUGAGCUUGAAGUUGAUGAGGGAUGGCUCGUUACAAUUGGCUAAUGAGGGUAGAUGAACAAUUGCAGUAGCAGUGCUGCUAGGGAUGAAAAGGAAUAUAGUCAACAGGGACAUUCCUGUAAUUCAAAUCGAGUUCAAAGCUCAUUUUCCCCCCUUUUUAUUUGCAUUUUUCUCAUAUCACUCUGCUGACAAGCGGACACCUUGAAGAGUUUCCCUGUGGAUUGUGUAACAUCUCUAGGCUUGAUAUAUGAUUUUUUUUCUCCUUUUCUUGUGUCUUCGGAGGUAGCUGUAGAAGAUCAGAGUUCUGUAACUGAUGAAAAGCUGAUGAGGUGAUUAUUCUAUUGUACAUAGUUCGACUUAGUGUUAGAGGCUGCUUUAUUUGGAAGACAGAAUAUUCUGUAUUCCUUCUGUUCUCUUUUGCCCUUGGGAAACAUUUUGAAUGAUCUGAUUUCUGUAUCAUCAUCAUUUUUAUUCAUGGAAGAUGGUAUUUCUUUUA